GUGGCGACCACCCCUGGCUUUCCUGGCACUUCAACAUGUGGGAUUGGCCUGUGAUAGGCGUCGGGGCCCCCGAUCAGCAGGAUCGCCAUAUUUCCUUGAGGCUGAUGGGAGAAGUGGGUAUCAGCACACCAAGCUGGGAAGAGAGAGGAGAUUUGAGACAAGAUUAUCCUGGAGGUUCUGGGGAUUUUUUAAUAUUCCUCUUCCUGAAGUAAGUUUACGAAGAUGGACCAAAAAUCUGUAAACACACUGCUUGAACUUGCUAUAAAGACUCUGCUGAGUAAUGAGCCUGCAGCAAUCAGAGCCCUGGAUGAAAUCCCAAGAGACCUCUUUGUGCCAUUGUUUACUACUGCUUUCCGGGGCAGACAGACGGAGGUGCUAGAGGCAAUGGUGAAAGUCUGGCCCUAUCACUGUCUGCACAUCGGAACACUGAAUAUACAAGAACCACCCUAUGAAAUAUUGGAAGCCAUGGUGGAUGGUCUGCAGUUCUUCCAUGCCCAGAACUCUUUGUCAUGGGCCUCCAAACUGAGAAUUUUGGAUUUAAGGCAAGACUGCGACUGUGGGAUAGUAUGCACAUACAGGACCAAAUACCCAUUUUGUUUUCAGUCUUGUGCUUAUUCUCAGCACUCCAACCUUAAAGUAACGGAAGCACAGAAUAAUGUUAGGUGCCUUGAAGUGGUUAAUUCAGAAUCUGAGCCUCUGCUAGCCAGGGAACCCAUUGAAUUGCUAGUGGACAUUUCUUUCAAUUCUACAUUGAGAACAAAGCAAUUUCUUUCUUUCCUUAAGAUUAAGAUUGAGCAGAGCUUUGGGUCUUUGCACCUAUGCUGCCGAAAUUUGCAAAUUGAUAACCUGUCUGCACACACAAAUAGCCUGCAGAUUCUGGAUCUGUCAUGUAUUGAUCACCUGGAAGUCAAUCAGGGGCACCUGAAGAAAGUGACCACCCUUUUGCCUCAGUUGAUCCACCUGAACAGCCUUAGCCUGAAUGAUGUUCCCUUUAAAUGUUGUAAGGGGAGACACUUCAAAAUUUUUCUUACCUGGCUUGGGAAGAUGAACAACCUCGAUGAGCUCAACUUGUCUUUCUUCUGCCUCAAAGAUCAACUGCACAAACUGCUCAGAGUCCUGCGACCUCAGUUGGAUACACUGAGUCUGUCUUUCUGUUACCUUUCUAAAAGAGAUAUCACUGUCCUAUCACGGAGCUCUCAGGCCAUGCACUUAAAGCUACUGAAUCUAAGUAACAACCAGAUAUUUUGGGAAGUUUAUGAGCCCUUACAGACUUUGCUGGAGAGGGUUUCAGGCACCCUGCAGUACCUGGAGUUAAACAACUGCCAAAUCACUGAUUCUUUGCUAUCUGCUAUAACCCCAGCUCUGAGCCAGUGUUCACACCUCCAUAUCUUUAGUUUUGCUUGCAAUCCCAUUACAAUGACUGCACUCAUGAACCUUCUGCCGCAUUUAGCAGCCUUAGUAGAACUGAAGUGUGUGAUUUAUCCUAUCCCUGUCGAUUGCUAUGAACAAUGGAAUUUUAAUGGCAUUUUGAACCAGCAAAAACUUGCUGCAGUGCAGACCCAACUGAAGUUGAUGCUACAGGUAGCAAAGCGGGAGGACAUGUACUGGACCACUUUUCCUGAAUGAUUUUAAUAACAAAGAUAAUUGCUUCAACGCUGAUAUGUGUCCAUUAACAGGUUAUUGCUGGCCUGUACCACCAGUGGCUCAGACUUGUAUGUGGUUUAGCUAACACAAAUUGCAGCUCCAAGGUCAGCAUGUUUUUUUUUUACUAUUUUUUUACUUUUUUGAGAACCUGUGGUUUACAGUGCUAUUAAUAAUAAUUCCAAUACAUACCCAUCAUCAGUGUAUCCACUUCCCUACCCUAAGUACCCCCAAAUCCUUUACACUUAUCCUCCCCACACAAAUUGUGUGAAUCAGUUCUCCCAUUAUAGUUGCCUUUGAACUUUUGUUGCUACCUCACUGUGUAUCUUUAAGUCAGGGUCAACAUCAUAAAGCACUCAUUAGUUUUCCUGAACCAAAGUUUGUAGAGACAUGUAAGUAAAUUUUUACUGUGUAAGAAACAUGCUCUGCCCAGGGCUGGAGCAAUAGUACAGUGGGAAGGGCACUUGUCUUACUUGUAAAUGAACCCAGUACAAUCCCUGGAGCCCUAUAUCAUUCCCUGAGCCCCACAGGAGAAAUCUCUAAAUGUACAGUUAGAAGUAAGCCCUGAGCACCACCGGAUGUGGGGGGAAAAACUCAAAAAACAAACACAUAAAAUACACCGCUUAAUCCAAGCUAGCCUGCUUAGCUCUUGGAUAGCUGCUCAGCCCUUACCUCAUGGCUUAAAUGUUACCUUCUCAGAUUGGUUUUAUCUUACCUGUCUCAGUAGAUUUACUCUACUGCUGCUCUCUUAGUGUACCAUGUUCAAUUUCUUCAUGUUAUGUAGCAUGCCAGAUGUCUUUCUUUCCUGUAUUUUUUCAGUAGAGUUGCACUGUUCAGUGAUGUACACACUAGCUGUAGGUAGUAAGGUACACAUUUUACUAUGCUAAAAAGUGAUGCAAUCUAAAUGCUAAGUGAGCAAUGUUUAUCCAAAAUUUGCUAAGAAGCAAAUGAUGAAGAACACCAAUUUGCUCAUACAGGUGACAUGUUGAAAUGAUAACAUACAGCAUGUCAACGACAGUAAAGAGAAAGAAUAUUAAGUUGUUAACAUAUAAUUUAUCUGUUGAAGCUAGUGCUGAAUUUCAAAGGCCUUGUAAAUAAUGGUUCAGGUACGGUGCUUACUAUUUUAAAUGAAGAAGGCUGCACUUUGAAGACUUAGAAAGAAGAGUGUCAAAAAUAAGGACAUGUUUCUGUUGUUUUACGUUGAAAUGAUGACACAGGCAUUCCAAAGAUUUGGCAAGCAAAUAAUUUUGUAUUGCUUGUACUUUAAAAUGAUAUCAAAUGGUAUUUUAAAGCCUGAGACUAAAGAAUGUAAAAAUAAGGAAUAGUAAAAUAGUCAAUAGUUUGCUCUUAUUGUUUCCAUUUUGUAACAACACUGUAUUUCUGACAGAAAAAAGUUAAAGUUAUUAAUAUGUAAUUUGUUUAUAUUGUUUCUUUGCUGUAAUAUAACAAGACAGUUGAAAGAUUUUUGUCAGGGAAAAUAAUGCAAAAUUAGUUGUUCUCUGUAUAUUGCUUACAUUUUGAAACAAAGCACUGCAUUUCAAGAGCUUACUAAAAACAUAAAAGUAAUGAUCAUUUCCACAGUGAAAUUAUAUAUAUUCUUUAUUUUUGUGUUGAAUAAAAUAAUUCUUUA